AUGAGAGGAUUUCUCGGAGCUUUCUUGCUUUGCUUGGCCAUCUCCACCACUUUCUCCAUAAGUGAUAGAAGAUGCGGAUCAGAUGUGACACGUCUUUGGUUAGAUGUUGUGAUUAUCGUUGACAACUGCAGUAUUAUGAAUCUCAACUUGGUUUAUGAGACAAUUUCUGGCUUAUUCAAUAAGAACCUUCAAAUUGGAACGGGGUAUACUGACCCGAGAAGUACCAGAGUUGGAUUUAUCACUUAUAAUUAUAAUGCGACGGAUGUAGCCGACUUCUACAAACUCCAAUCAUGGGCCGACUUGGACAGUCAAAUUCAACGUCUUAAAAUGACGCCAUUGGCAAGGACCACAUUGAGUAAAAUGGAUACCGCCCUCUACGCUGCCAUCAACAUGAUUAACUCGACCGCAGGGUUCCGUGAUAACUAUAAGAAAAUGGUGAUUGUUUUCACAUCGGUUCAUGGUUCCUACCAGAAGAACCCACCAAAAGACGUGUCCAAGCUUCUCAAAGCCCGUGGAAUCCCAGUGGUCACAGUCAACACCGGAUCCAGCUCAGACACCCAAUCCUAUCUCAAAAAUAUUGCCAGUGACAAUAUGGCCUUUGCCAUGGCCGAUGGAAAUGCCACUCAGGAGAUUUUAAAAGCAAUGACUGAUACUAAUUGCUUUUGUCAAUCUCAAUGGGCACAAUAUCAGUACCCACUGUACGCGCCACAGAACCGAUAUGGUACAUGUCUGAUUUCAACGAAUGAGAUGGUUUCUGAUAGGGAGACCGCGAGACAUUUCUGUCAUCAAAACUUCCAAAAUGGAUAUUUGGUGAAUGAGUUGGAUCAACAGAAGAGAGCAUAUAAUUUUGCCUACCUCAACUCAAUCUCCGCUUCUCCAGUCAACGCUUUUUACAACGGACUUGUUACCCUAAACGGCGUGUGGUUUUGGGAUCAGCCAGACGGCAGACCAAUGCUUCCCCUCGACCCGAACUCAGGUGCUGCACCACAACGUUCCGCAUGCGUUGCUGAUAUGAAGUACUCGGAUGGAACGACUGCAUGGACACCAGUCAGUUGUACGAACAAGUUCCGUUUCAUUUGUGAAAAAGUCGCGUGUGAUACCGAUAAUUAUUGUGAGAAUGCGUGA